UUUCAGCGUGCGCUCUAUUCUUCGUGAUGCUGGUCUAAAUAGAAACGGUUAGAAAUGUUGUUUCUGUAAACAGAGAUAUAUAGGGUGUAAAUAGACAGUAAAUGUGUAAACCUGUAAUAUUCUCAACCUCACAGUCGGGACUGAGUUUUGAAUCAAGCAGGAAUAUCUGGAAGAGGAUCUGCUGCAGUGAAGAUGAUGUUUGUUAAAGAAGAGAUUGAGGAGAACACGAGAGAACCAGGAACAUGGAGAAUACAUCACAAGGAACCAGAAACUUUGAGAAUAAUACAAGAGGAACAAGAACAAGUUAGCUGCCCUGUCGUGUGAAAAUGUAGCCUAAAAAGGCCUGAUGAAAGUGAAAGAAGAGGGACAAGAUCUGAAUGAUGUGGAGGAGAAACAUCAGGAUCAUGAAGACACUGGAGAAACACUAGUGAGAUGGAGCAUUCAGAAAACAGACGUCAAAAGGCCUUUCAGCUGCUCUCAGUGCGGAAACACUUUCAAACGCAAAGAAAACCUUAAGAAUCACAUGUUAGUUCAUGCUGAAAUAAAGUCUUUCACCUGCUCUCAGUGUGGGAAGAGUUUUACACAGAAAGGAAGCCUCAAUAAGCACAUGUUAAUUCAUGCUGGAAUAAAAGCUUUCAGCUGCUCUGAAUGUGGAAAGAGUUUCACACAGAAAGGACAACUUAAGAUUCAUUUGGUAACUCACUCUUCGGAAAAGCCUUUCAGCUGCUCUCAGUGCGGAAAGAGUUUUACACAGAAAGGAAGCCUCAGUGAUCACAUGUUAAUUCAUGCUGGAUUAAAGCCUUUUAGCUGCUCUCAGUGUGGAAAGAGUUUUACACAGAAGGCAAACCUCAAUACCCACAUGUUAAUUCAUGCUGGAAUAAAGUCUUUUGGCUGCGCUCAGUGUGGGAAAUGUUUUACACAGAAAGAAAGCCUCGAGAGGCACAUGUUAAGUCAUGCUGGAAUAAAGUCUUUUUGUUGCUCUCAGUGUGGAAAGAGUUUUACACGGAAAAGGCAACUUACAAUUCAUUUGCUAACUCACACUUCAUAAAAACCUUUCGCCUGCUCUCAGUGUGGAAACGAUACCUUUUGAAUCGCAUGUUAAAGGGGUCAUCAGAUGCCCAUAUUAAACCUAAGUUAUCGGUUUAAUAUCAUAGGAUGUGACAUAGAACAGGUUUCAGCAUAUUGGCAAGAAGUCCGCUUCACUUGAGGUUAUUUUUUUAUUUUUUUUUAAUAACAUCAUAAUCUAAUGUGUAAACAUCUGUUCAUAGACAUGUUUUAAUGUGAUAAAAUUAUAUUAAUUUUCAUAAGUCUUAAAUAUCUCCAUUACAGCCAUGCCCCGCCCUCCGCACAUGCCCCACCCCAUCGACUAAUUAGUUAAUCGUUUUUGAAACCUAUUGAUGACUGAAUUGCAAAAAAUGCACAUCCCUGCAGUGAUUUGGAAACUUUGAUUGCAAUUAGACUUUGCCAAAAUGUGCUAGUUUUAUAUGUUCCGCAGUUCGUACCAGUGUCAGCAAUCGGACACACAGCCAAGAAUUUGUGAGCAGCUUGAUCUGUGAAAGCGUUUAUGACUUAUGACAGGGUUGUCAGACUCAAUUCCUGGAGGGCUGGAGCCCUGCAGAGUUUAGAUUCAACCCUGCUAAAACACAUAUACUAUGCAUGUCUGAAGUACUUGAUUAGCUGGAUCAGGUGUGUUUAAUUAGGGUUGCAUCUAAACUCUGCAGGGCUCCGGCCCGCCAGGAACUGAGUUUGAGACCCCUGACUUAUGAGGAUUCUAAAAAAAACAACACUGGGUGGAUUUUUAUCAUCAUAGGGUGGUGAGGGUUCGAACAUCAUGUAAAAGUGAAUAUUUCAUCCGAUGACCCCUUUAAACUUUGAACAGAUCAGAUUUAAGAUUCAAACAAAACAUUGUUCAAACACAAAGAGCUGAAUUCCACAGAGACAACAUGAUGAUUAUACAUCAGAUCCCAGUGCCAGUCUGAAGUAAAUCUAACCCACUCUUUCACAGCUUUCAACAAAAGAACACAUACUAAUAAUCCAACUCAGGAAGGAGAUUGUGUCAAAUUUGAGGCCAAUAACACAUGUGAAUCUGAAGACUUCCUCAGAUUGACCUCUUACAUGCAGCAGACAAGAACCAGACUGAGAUUCCUUCUGGACCCUUUCACUUUUUGUUCCUCGCAUUCAUAGAAUGACAAAGACUGUCUUUUACUACUUGAUUGAAUGUAUCAAAUCAACCUAAAUGAGGAUA